AUUCUAAUUAAAACAACAGCAGCAACAACAAAAAACCAACUGCGGAAUGGGAGAGCAGGCAAUAUGCAGAGGUAUCUGGGUCAUUCCUCCUUGCAGCUGGGGCAGAGAACUCGAGGAAUGCCGACAGACGAGCUCUAGCAAGUCCACCCCUUGUAAAGUAACAGGAUCCUGCCUUCCAGCUGAGCGAGCUCCCAGCCCCACGACAGCUGUCCCUUACAUGUCAGUGAAGUGCAUUGAUGUAAGGAAAAACCACCACAAAACCAAGUGGCUGAUGCCCUGGGGACCCAACCACUGUGAGAAGCUCAAAGACUUCGACGAAGCAGUGAGCAGGCAGAUCGAGGCCAACGACAUCGUGUUUGCCGUGCACAUCCCUCUCCCCAGCAAGGAGAUGAGCCCCUGGUUCCAGUUCAUGCUUUUCAUCAUGCAGCUGGACAUCGCCUUCAAGAUGGACAACGACCUGAAAGAAAACGCAGAAAUCACCCUGGAUGUGUCGUUAGCGUAUCGCGAUAACAUGUUUGAUGAAUGGGAAGAAAUAGCACACGCGAUAGAGAUCAGGAAGCUGAAAUGCACCUUUGGCUCUCCAAAGACCCUGGAGUCCGAAGGCCGUCACUACGACUGCGACUUCCUCCCCUUCAUGGAGAUCGGCAGCGUGGCUCACAAGUACUACCUCAUCAACAUCCGUCUGCCCGUGAACGAGAGGAAAGGCAUCAAUGUGGGCAUUGGGGAGAUCAAGGACAUCCGCCUGGUGGGUAUCCAUCAAAACGGAGGCUUCACGAAAGUGUGGUUUGCCAUGAAAACCUUCCUCACCCCCAGCAUUCUGAUCAUCAUGAUCUGGUACUGGCGGCGGAUCACGCUGAUGACACGCGCUCCUGUCCUGCUGGAGAAGGUGAUUUUUGCUCUGGGAAUUUCCAUGACGUUCAUUAACAUCCCGGUGGAGUGGUUUUCCAUCGGCUUUGACUGGACGUGGAUGCUGCUCUUCGGAGACAUUCGACAAGGCAUUUUCUAUGCCAUGCUCCUGUCGUUUUGGAUCAUCUUCUGCGGAGAGCACAUGAUGGACCAGAACGAGCGGAACCGCCUCUCGGGGUACUGGAAGCAGGUUGGACCCAUAGCUGUCGGCUCCUUCUGCCUCUUCAUCUUCGACAUGUGCGAGAGGGGAGUGCAGCUGAAAAACCCCUUCUACAGCAUCUGGACCACCGAGGUCGGCACGGAGCUGGCUAUGGCCUUUAUUAUAGUUGCAGGAAUCUGCUUGUGCCUUUAUUUUCUCUUCCUGUGUUUUAUGGUCUUCCAAGUUUUCAGAAACAUCAAUGGAAAGCAGUCAAGCCUGCCGGCAAUGAGCAAGGUUCGCUGUCUUCAUUAUGAGGGGCUGAUUUUUAGGUUCAAGUUCCUGAUGCUCAUCACCCUGGCGUGUGCAGCAAUGACAGUCAUCUUCUUCAUCGUGAGCCAGGUGACAGAAGGCCACUGGAAGUGGGGGGACAUCACGAUCCAGGUGAACAGCGCCUUCUUCACCGGCAUCUACGGGAUGUGGAACCUCUACGUCUUCGCGCUCAUGUUCCUGUACGCGCCCUCACACAAGAACUAUGGGGAGGAUCAGUCAAACGGUGACCUGGGAGUGGGCAGCGGCGAGGAGCUCCAGCUCACCACCACCAUCACCCACGUGGACGGCCCCACGGAGGUUUACAAGCUGGCUCGCAAGGAGGCUCAGGAGUAAGGCCAAGAUCCCGGCGGCUGAGACGCGAGACAAAGUGGAGUACACAGGACGACACAACGCCCUCCUGCAGGAGAUGUGUCCGACGUAACUUGCUUUCUGAGCACCCAGCAUCUAGUGUAUUUUCACAGAGCAGUGACGCCGAGCAUAACAUUUGUAAACUCUUUAAUAUGUUGUAGUUAUUUCUGGGGGGAGGGAUAUGUAUAUUGUGUUACACUCGAG